UCUUCGUCCCAGCAUGCCCCGCGAACAGUGACGUCAUCAUGCGCACUACACCUGCGCAGUAGAGUAGCAGAGGACGACUUGAGAAGACAGAAAGUCGGAAACAUCGUCCAAAAUUCACCAAAAGUACUGAGGUUUUGUGGACAUGUGAGCGCGUCCCUCGGUGUGCGUUCAAACAGAAGAGAUUAUUCUUCACCAUAUAGAAACAACCAGCCUGUAACCAGACACCGUAAACAUGCUGCCAAGGUCAAAGUCACGCGAGACAUACCGGGUGCUGAGCGGUCACUGCCCUGACCAGAACUGUCGCGCUAAAUUGUUCUUCCCUGCGUGGGACUCCAGUAUAGAGUGUACGGACUGUGGCCAGAGGCACCAGCAGAGCGCCAUCCAAAAUGUGGAGGAGGUCACCAACCCGGACGUCGCUCUCCACAACAUGCUCCGUAACGUCCUCCUGAGCAACACCAAACCAAAGAAAGGGGCGGACACGGUACGUGUUCUCGGACUCUCCAACUACCAGUGUAAGCUGUUGUCUCCCCUGCUAACCCACUACGGGAUGGACAAACAGUCGGGGAAAGCAAAACGUCUCAGGGACAUGAACCAGCCAGACACAUUUGACUGUGUGCUGCUGGGGGAUAGAGCCUUCCAGAUUGCGCCCGAACAUGUGGAAAUAGUCGGCUAUGGCCGGGACCGCUCUGGGAGCAUGCAGUACCUCCACGACACCUUGGAUGCCAUGAAGAAGGUAAAUGACAAGGAGGAGCGGCUCAUACCCAUCCAUGCCGAUGGGGACGGCCACUGCCUGGUGCAUGCCAUCUCUCGGGCACUUGUGGGUCGUGAGUUGUUCUGGCACGCCCUCAGAGAAAACCUCAAGGCUCACUUCAUCAAAAAUCUGGAGCAGUACAAGGCUCUCUUCCAUGACUUUAUUGACAGUAAUGAAUGGGAUGACAUCAUAGAGGAGUGUGAUCCAGACUUCACACCCAGAGAUGGGGAGCCCCUUGGCCUGAGGAACAUCCAUGUGUUUGGGCUGGCCAACGUUCUCCAUCGGCCCAUCAUACUGCUAGACUCCCUGGAAGGGCUUCAGAGUUCAGCGGACUACUCUGGCACAUUUGUUCCGGGACUGAUCCCCCCUGAAAAGUGCAAAGGGAAGGAUGGUGCGCUCAACAAGCCGCUCUGUCUGGCGUGGAGUAGUUCUGGGAGAAACCAUUACAUCUCUCUUGUGGGCAUCCGGGGUCGGCCACUCUGCAAACUCCCCAUGUGGCUGAUCCCCAAGCUGUGGGGCGUCCCGCAGGACUUGUUGACGAAGUACGUUGAGUUUGACAGUGAACAGCGUUGUGCAAUCGGAGGAAGUCGUAGCCUCCCCGAAACCUACAUCCAGCGCCUGGCCCGAGCAAUGGAGGAUGUCUUCAUGGAGAAGUACCAGGUCCAUCCCUCCGUAGUGUCAGACAUGCAUCACUAUGUGUUCAAGAGGACAGGAGUCGUGGGUGUGCAGCCUGAGGUGGUGACUGAAGCCACGCAGAGUGCCAUCCGGAAUGAGCGGCUCUACCGCUGUCUGACCUGCGAUGCUGUCAUGGAAUACAGCGUAGGAUCUGACCUCCUAAAACGAGGUGGCACACUCUAUCAACUUGCAGUCAGGACCCACGGGAAGCUCCAAGUUGGCAAGAACUACCACUUUCCCCUGCAGAGUCUGAUCUGUAAGUAUGAUCCUGUCAAGGACGUUCUCGUCCCAGACAUGAAGAUGAGCCGCUUGACCACCUGCAGCUGGUGUCAGGGAACGUCAGUUCGUCUGGUCUGCCCGGAUGGCUCUGUGGUGUACCUGAACGGGGACAGAACCCACACUGCUGCUGAAAACAGCCAGUGUGGCUGUGGGUUCAAGCACUACUGGGAUGGCAAGGAGUAUGACAAUCUACCUGAGCUGAUCCCAGUAACUCUGGAGUGGGGAGGGAAGACAAUCCAGGAGAAGGUUUACUGGUUCCAGUAUGAGACAGACACGUCUUUGAACAGUAAUGUAUAUGAAGUUGCUACAGCUUUGGUACACAAGCACUUUCCUGGUGAAUUUGGCAGUGAGAGACUUGUUAAGUGUGUGGUAGACGUGAUUCUACAGCAAACAGCUAAGAAGGAGGUGUACAAACCAGUCUCACUGGAGGGCAUGCCUGGCCAUGAAAGAGAAGGGGAACCGAGGCAACAGGAUGCUUUAGACCCAUCCUCACCAUCCAAAAUUAUCCUUACUGGACAUAAGCACAAAACAAUUCACAAGGAAGAGUUGACAAUGAGUGAAGCAGAAAGGAUGGUUCAGAGAAAGAUCACUGAUAAAGCUGCCCACGAACAGAAGAAAAAGUCUGACGAAAUGGCAAAAAGGAGAGCGGAGAAGGAACUCAAGCAGCUCAAACAACAGCAAGCCGCCGCUCACCAACAGUCAAAACCAGUAGCCAAAGUAGGUCCGAUGGUAACAACCCCUCCUCCCAGGCCAUCCACUCCCCCAACAGAGAAGAAAGUGCGGGUCACCACAUCAGAGGGCAAGCAAGUCAUGCUAACCCUAGCAAUAUCAACAACCUUCCAAGAGUUGCAAGCAAGAAUAGCCUCUGAGCUAGGAGUUUCUGAGGACAGACAGCGCAUCAGGUAUGGGUUUCCGCCCCGACCGCUGGCUCCUCCCAAGCCGGGUAUGGAAGGUGAGCCUGUACCACUGCAGCAUGGGGACAAGGUUACUGUAGAUGUCUUGCCUCCUCCUGCAGGUGAGGGACAGGAGGAAGGGGCUGGAGCGGCAGCCAAGGGGGCCCCCAUGGCAGUAGCAGGCUCCCCUCGACGUGUGCAGGGGAUGGAGGCCAGUGGUGCCUCUGCCAGUCAGGACCCAGAGAGUGCCCUGAGAGACCAGCUCAUGAACGUGUUAGACCAGCAGCUGGAGAGUAAUGCUAGCUCUAUAGACCUACAGAUUUCCUCCCUCUCGGCCUUGGCCAUGCUCUCGGGGAAGGACCUCUGGAGCUUCGUGCAGACAAUGCCACAGCUGUUCUCUCGGGAAGGUGUCUUCACAAAGAAAGUGGGACAAGACCUAGGGCUGGCGGAUGGAAAACACUGCACUUUGCCGAGCUUCCCAGGAAAGACAUUUAUGUUCAACGGUCAAGCUGGAAGGUUAGAGCUGUGCCUUGAGCCGCAAGGGCAUUUCCCCAUUGGCCCUGGCAUUGAUGAUGUCAUCGCUCAGAACAAACAGACACGAGAAGCAUAUGAUCCGAAAGCCUUCAGCCAUGUCAAGGAAGCCUUGCAUGUUGGUGGCAGUGGAGUUAUCGUUAGUAAGUCUGAGGCCUUGAAAGUGAGAGCAUUUGCAGGUAAGGGGCAAACCCUAGGUGGCACCUCUCAACCCCAACCCUCCACCAGUACUGCUACAGAUGUGCCUGCAAGUGCUGCAGUCUUUAUACCUGAUGUAGUGCAGACUCAGAGUAGUGCAGAGGGAGCUGUGGCACAGCCACCUGUGGGUACAAAGCCUCAGCCAGUUGCCAUGGAAGAUGAUGACUAUUUCCUGGUGGAGUCAGGUGAAGAGGAUGAGGGAGAGGAAGAAAUUUCUGACAAAGAUGACUCCUUAUCAACUAUGAAGAAAGCUCCAGGUGUGACUGUGAUAGGCAGCGGAGCAGCAGCGGCUACCAUGACGACAGAACAAGAGGCACUCAUGGCCAAGUUUGCAUUCACAGCCAGUGCUGCAAUGCAGGCAGAACAAGAGGUCAACGAACAGGAAGAAGAGAUUAAGGACUCAGGGGGUUUCAGGAAGGUUGAGAUUGUGAUUGAAGAUUCAAAAGAACUUGCAGUUGCCAUGGAGACAGAUAGGCAAGAGGCCACAGGGGAUGAUGGGAAGCCAUUGGAGGAGCAUUCUGGAAAUGUUUCUGAGGAAGUACCCAAAGCAUCCGAGACUACUGACAAAAACAAACCAAAGACAACAGAAGCCACUGAAUGUACUAGUAUGGACAGAAGUAGAACUGAGGGGAAAACAGGUGAUUUGGAUCAAGUUCAGGCUCAAAACGUAUUGUUGGAAGAGGAUACCUCGCAAGGCACGGAAGUGAACAAUACCCGAGACAAAGUUGCAGUAGUAGAAGCUGCAAGGACAGAAACAGAAAUGAUGGACACCAGUGCUGCUGAAAAUACUGAAAGGGGAGCAGGUGAUAAACUAGACAGCUCUCCAGAACAUGUUGCAGUUGACGUGCCUACACAGGGUGUGCACAGAAGUGAACCAGUGAGUGAGGUCACACAGGCAAGAAACACUACUGGGGAUCAAAAAGAACCUGAGAAAAAGGACAGUCCCAUGGAAGUAGAGCCAGGCAAACAAGCGGCUCAAGAAGGUGAUGGAAGACCGUCUGGAGAAGGUAAAGAAGACGCUGGGGAGGCCAUGGACUCCAGCUGAUAGCAGACAAGCCACAAAAGCCAAGAGAGGGAAGGCAUGCAAACAUCCCUGGACACGCUGCUAGUAGGACAAAUGUGGAGAUUGUGCUAACUUUUUAUGUGCAUCUUUUUGUCCCAAUCAUAAGCCGAUUCCUUUAAAAAUAGAAUGUACAGGAAAGAUCAUGAAGGCAAAUGUUAGAGCUGUGAAUGCCCUUUUCAUGACUGAUGAAUAUGUCAGCUUUUGGGAGUACUCUGCUAACUCUGGCUUAACCCCCUGCCUUCCUAUUCUGGAUACCUUAAGGGGUACCGGCAGGACAAAGGUCUUCCUCAUGGUUUUCUCUAUCAUUAAAAGAGUUAUACUGGAACUGUAGUGUUUAGACAGCAUCUUCAUCACAAGUUCAUUUUUUGUAAGAUAAACGGAUGUCAUUAAGUCCCUCUUCAGGAAAGGAAAGCAACCUCAGCAUCAACAUUAAUCUUAAGUUGCCAUGUCAUAUUGCCAAGGAAUACUUUGUCCGUAAUUGUGGGCUGCAGCCUUGAAACUAAAGUAUAGUAGGGCCCUCGUGCAAAGUUUCAAGGUUUUUGAUCUUUUAGGGACUAGCAGUCCUCAAAUAAAAGUACAAAUGUAGGAGGAAGUUUGCCAUGUAACUCCACUGGAAAUUGCUUAAGGUUGUAUUGGACAUUGGGCAAUUUUCUGAUUUUUUUUUAUUUAUUGUACUAGUGACAGUCAGAUGUUCUCUACUUCCUCCAUUGAAUUGUAUUAGUUUAUGGCCUGCUAAAUCUUUUUCAACUUAAAGAGCCAAGGCUGUACAUGUAGGAUCGAGUUUAGAUGAAGGAACACGUGCAAACAUGUACAUUGUCAGCCACCAUUACCUGAAUAUUAAUCCAAAGUAAAAACUUAGUUUUGGGGCCUUUUUAUUCAUUGCAACAUGUUGCAUUGACAAGUGUAUUUUGUUGUUAUUGAGAAGGUUUUGCAGUAUUGAAAUGUGGUUUGUGAAAAGCAACACAUAGGGCAAGAAGGAAGUACUAUAUGGUUACAAUUACUUACAUGCCAAGACAAAACUGUCCUCUUGCAACACUAAAGUCUACAUGUACUUGGCUUCAGGAUAACUAGUAACUCUGUUACAAUGUAAGUGAAAAAUUGCAAGGAUAUCAACACCAGAAAAUAUAUCAUACUGUCCUUUAAUGUUAAAAAGCAAUGUUACAAAUGGUAAACUUUCGAUGCUACAUUGUUGAUCAAUUAACCGAGAUUGCCUUGCUUUUUGUACAAAGGAAAGAGGACUAUUCACUCUGUUGAAGUCUUCUUAUAUUCAUCAUAACAUCAUAGUGGCUAUGCUGCAUUAAGUGACAUGGUACCAUACAUUUAUUCAGAUUUGCUACAGAGUAAUCAAUAACUUGUGUUACUAGGAAAGCAUUACGAAUGUUAGACUGUGCACUAUUAGAGGUUUAUGGAUAUGUGUAGAUGUCAAGUUGAAUAUUGCAUUACAAUCAUUGAACAGUGAGAUUCAUUGUCAGAUUGUCAGGGAAAGUAUUCCCCUUUAACUAAGGUUUCAAGGCAGAGAAAAUGUUACAUGUGUGAUUGUUAAACUUUCGUUGGGAAGUUUCCUGUUGGCACAUGUUCUGGCUGAUUUUUCUAUGAUUUGUUAUGCAAAGGUUCAUGGCUAGCAGUAUGAUUGAGUCAUACUUUUCUUAGACUUAGUUUUGCAUGCGUAUUCACCUUAACCAUAUUCACAUACAUAUUGAUUCAUUACAAAACAUGUCUGUAUUGUAAAACCCCAAAAUGCUAUGAUUGAGGGCUUGACUUAAGUGCAUUCCUCCUUUUCAGGAACACUUUCUCUUGGAGAGGCUUGCAAAAAUAAACAGCAAAUGCUUGAUAUAUUGCAGACAGUGUCAAGUGUAUGGAGAGGAUUAAAAGGAAAAGUCUUUAGACACUGAA